AACUUAAUCUAGUUCUCUGAAUGUGCAUUUAAGUAUGUUAAUCCACUCUUCUCCAUAUUAAUUUUGAGUCUAGAAAUCCUCUCAAACACUUGAAGAAUACCUAAAAUUCUCCUCAAUGAAAGGCUGUGGUCAUCAUGGAAAAAUAUGGUAUAGUUAGCGAUGAAAACCCACCACCCCCUCAUCCUCCACCCCUAACCUUUUAACCAACCCUCUUUCAACCCCCCUAUCCACCAUUCUACUUUAGACAUCAGCUGCAAGGACGAACAUAAUGGGAGAUAACGGGUCUCCUUGUCUAAUGCCCUUUUGAAGCAGUAAACCUAGAUUGGUGUUCACCAUUUACAAUGAAACGAGAAACCAUACAUUAGAGAAGCAACCCCUAAUCCACUUGAUUCAACGUUCCCUAAAACCCUUUUUCUUGAAGAUCUUACCUAGGAAGCUCCAUCUCACUCUAUCAUAAGCUUUCUCAUAAUCUUCUUUGAAGAUGAAUCCCCUCUUCUUGCUCCUACAAAUGUCCUCCACCACCUCAUUGGCCACCAAAACAGCAUUCACUAUUUAUCUCCCCCCCCCCCCCCCCCAAAAAAAAAAAGCACGUUGGGCGCUUGAAAUAGUAUCAUUGAGCAUCACACUCAAACUAUUGAAAGAAAUCAAUGUUAAAGUCGUCCAAACCUGGUUCCUUAGCUCUAUCCAUCCUAAAAAGCACUCCCCUCACUUCCUCCUCAUUAAAUGGUCUCUUUAACCAGUUCAUCUGAUCCUUGGAGAUAGUAUCCCACCUUAAUCACCGGUCUAUUAUGGAUCUCCUCUAAAUACAAAUUACGAAAGAAAUCAGUAAUAAUGGAUGCAACCAGAUGCUAAUCUUUUGUGAACCUCCUAUCCCCCAUAUUCAGCUCUCUAGCUAAUUUUUUACUCUUGUUUCCAUUGGCUAACCUGUGGGAAAAAAAGAGGAAUUUCAGUCACCAUCCUUCACCUAUUUGAAUUUGGUCGUUUGCCUCCAACCCUCAUUUCCUGAAAGAAAUCUAGCCUCUGUACUUUUUGACAGAAUAACCUCCUCCUUUCUAUCAAAAUCUGCCAACUCACCUAAAAGAUCAGAUUUUCUAAUUCUAUUGUCUCCAAACUCCCCCUUAUUCCAUGAUUUUAAUUUCCACUUUAGCCGUUUUAAUUUCCUUGUGAAUCUAAAGCCUUCCCAGCCUCUCUCCACUUACUCUCACCAAGGAUCCCUAACCAAAAGAUUAAACGUCGCAUGGUUCAACUACAUGUUCUCAAACUUGAAAAGAUAGGACCCCACGACACCUUACUAGACUCCAACAAAAUUGGGUAGUGAUUGGAAGUAGUCCUAGGAAGUGCAUUUUGGGAAACUCAUCCUCCCACUCACCACAUAACAAAAGUCUAUCCAAUCUACUAGCCACCAACAACACCCCCCCCCCCCCCAAAAAAAAAAAAAAAAAAAAAAAAAGACCAAAUGAACGAAGCAUUGCCCAAAGGGAGAUCUCUCAACCUGCAGCCUAGUAAAUGAAUUAAAGUCAUUGCAUUAAAAUGAUCUCCAAUGAUCCACAUAGGGGGAAAAAACCAAAGCUAGAGUAUAGCUUUUCCCAAAAAAGAGUUCCUUAAAGUAGGUCUAGAUCUAGAAGGUCUAUAAACUGAAGAGACCUGUCAUUGCCAUGGUUUUAAAUAACGGCCGUUACGUAACGGAAAUCAGAGGGCCCGAAACCGAUACGGGCCGAUAUCGCGGUUCGGAAAAAAUUCACGGCCGUAACGGCCGUUACGGAGGCGUAACGGCACGUAACGGCCGAUACUCCAACGUUACAUGUCGUAACGUCCGUUACGGACCGUUACAUGGCCGACAGGUAGCAUAUUCGCUGACGGGCAGCAGGCAGCAACGCUGCUUUCCCCCUCUCCCCAGUCCCCACACCCAUCUGCCAUUCAAAGGCUAAAAAGGAAAGUUACAAACUGACCUUGAAAAUUUGUUGGCCUUCGGCAAUAAGAAGGCUUCGAGGCUACCGAGCAGAUCUACUCAGAAUUGCAGACUUGCAGUUCCAGGCUUCCAGUUCCAGCAACUUGGCGAGUCACCGGCGACGGAAAAAGGUCUGCAGCAGCUCCGCCAGUCAUCGCAGUCGGCACCUUCCUCCGCCAGUCGUCGUAGUCGCACCAGCCAGCCUCUCGAUUUCAGCUUCGGAGACUCGGAGCUUGGAGUCAUCUCUGGCUCGCUGCUUUUGCUUCGCUCCUUCGAUUGUUCGAGGCUCCUCUGAGUUCCCUCGAAUCCCUCCUCUCUCUCGGUCUGACUCGACUACAGGCCUCAGCGUAUGAGACACUCUAACACCCACAGCACUUUUCAUUAUGUUUUUUUUGUUUUUUAAAUUAUAUUUUGUUGCACCACAGGCCACAGCCCUUUUCAUUCCUUUCAUUCUGUUUAUUUUUUAAAAUUAUAUUUUGUUGUAAAAUAGGUUUGUUAAAUUGAAUUAAAAAAAAAGUAAUUUAAUAGAGUAAAAAAUUAGAAAUCAUUAAUAAUUAUGUAAAAUAAAAUUUUCUUAAUUUAUAAAUAUUUUAAUUGUAUUAUAUUUUUUAAAAGAUAAUUAUGAAAAUUAAUUCCAUGACAUAGCAAGCAAUUAUUAAUAUUAUAUAAUUAAUAUUUUUUAAGGUUAGUAAAUAAUUAAUAUUUACCAAUAAUAAUUGAAGCCUUUUUUAUAAUAAUAUUUGAAUAUCAAUAAUCCACUACUGCAUUCACCAUCUAAACAAAGCAUUAAAAUAAUGUAUGUACACAAGACAUCCAUGUGAUGGCAUUUUAUAUUAUCUAGGCUUAAUUGAGCUCUAUUUUUCACCAUUCUUAAAGAAUUCCAAGGAAUACUCUGCACAAUUAUUAUAAUAUUUAGUCUUAGGAUUUGCCAAACUUAUAGAAAUAAAAUUAAUUCAUGGCACCAAUUGGCUAACAUACUAUUUAUGUCAGCUGGAUAAAGUGGUCAUUUUGAUAAAGAAGAUAUCAUAUUCACUCCCAUCUAUUGAAAAAAUAUUAAAUAAUAUUCAUAUUAUAAAAGAAAAAAAAAUUAAAUAACAUCUGUCACCCAUUUUAUGUUACAUGUGUAUCUACUUGCCAUUUCUUGAGUAGGUUGACCCUGUUUAUUAAUAUUUUUUAAGUUUUAAAACAUUAUUUUGACCUUAAAUUUAAAAUUAGGUAAAAUAAAUGUUUACAUCUAUUUUUUGUUUUUAGUUAUCAAAUAAAGUAAAAAUUAAUAACUUAAUAAAAAAAAAUUAAUCUAAUAGUUAAUACAUUAAUAAAUUUGAUUUUUACUAAUUACUACUAGAAUUUGUAGAAAAUUUUAAUUUUAAUCCAUAUACUGAGAAAAUGUUUAAAAAAUUAAAUAGUCAAUUUGUAAUGUAUGGAUCUCUAUUUGUGAUGCUAUGAUGUAUAUGAAAAUAGAGUAAAAAUCUUUUUCACCUGUUAAUUUCUUAUAGUUAUAAAUGAAAAUAAAAUCAAGCUAUAAAAAAUAAUGAAAAUAUCUUUUUAAAGAUAAAGGAAUAUAUUUUUUUUGUAAUAAAAUAUCUAAUAUUUUAUAAUUUUGUUUAUUUAAAUAUAAAAAUAAUAAACAUUACUUAUUAUUUUUAAUCAAAUAUUAUACUUAUUUUUACGUAAUAAGUAUUUAAAAUUAGGACUAUUUAGUACUUAUUAUUUAAUAUUUACUAAAUUACUAAUUAUAUUAUUCCUGUCAUUGUAGGAAGGUUGUAAGUUGUAACUUUGUAUUUUCUUUAUAUUUUGUGUAGAGAUCAUCAAAUUAAGUCUAUCAAUAUGUCACGUGAUAGAGGAAAUGAAAACUUACCUAGUGAAGAUAUUGGAUGGCAUUUUGGUACUGCGGUAGACGGUAAUAGACAUGUUAUUAUGUGUAAAUUAUGUGGGAAGAUAAUCAAAGGGGGCAUUACACGCUUGAAACAACACUUGGCACAUAAAAAGAGUCAAGUAGCUGGAUGCUCAAAUGUGACCACACAAGUAAGAGAACAAAUGAUGAAACAUCUACAACAGUAUGCUGAGAAGAAAAGAGAUAAACAAAAAAGGCAAGAAGAAGCAGAAGCCCAAAUUAGAGGAGAUUUUGAGAAUUUGAGCGAUGAAGAAGACUUGGAAGAAGAAAGUAUGAGAUUUGCUCGACAAGAAAGCAUGCGAUCACAACAACAAUGGGAAGAUAGACAAAGAUUUCGAGCAAGAACAACUGGAAGGGGUAAUAUUUAUGAAGAGGGAGGUGGCUCUGGCAGUGGUGCUACCAGUGGUUUCAAUAGAGCAGGAGCUCGAUCUUAUAGUAGUCGAGAAGUUGGAGGUAGUGGACGACAAUGGAUCAAUCCUGAUGCCCCUGAAGCUAGACUAAAGGCAAUGGAUCCUAUUUUAGAAAGAAGCAAGAGUGCGAAACAACCAAAACUCAACACAAAGUUACUGAAAGGUUUAAGAAGUAAAUUAGGAAAAGCGGUUGGAAAAUUCCUAAUUUAUAAUCGGAUUCCAGCGAAUGUAGCUGACUCUCCAUUUAUGCAGCCUAUGCUUGAUAUUGCUGCAGAGGUUGGAAAGGGGGUGAAGGGUCCAUCACCCUAUGAGAUAUCUGAAAUUUAUUUGGAGCAAGAGUAUCAAGAAAUGAAAAAUUAUAUAGCUUCUUUUGCUGGAAUUUGGAAGGAAAGAGGUGUAACACUUAUGUGUGAUGGUUGGUCAGGACCAACUAGAAAACACAUUAUAAACUUUUUAGUUUAUUGUGAUAGAGGCACCGUGUUUCAUAAAUCAGUUGAUGCCUCUGAUGUGCCAAGCAGAACAGCUGAAUAUUAUUUCAGAUUAAUGGAUGAGGUGGUUGAAGAAAUUGGAGAGGAGAAUGUUGUCCAAGUAGUGACUGAUAAUGAAGCUGCAAUGAAGGCAGGAGGAAAAUUAUUAAUGCAGAAGAGGCCCAAUCUCUAUUGGACAGCAUGUGCAGCUCAUUGCAUAGACCUUAUUCUUGAAGAUAUUGGUAAGAAAAGUAACGUGAAGAAGGUCUUAGAAGAUGCAAGAACAAUAACCUCAUUUAUUUACAACCACACAUGGACAGUGAAUUUCAUGAAGAAAUUCACAAAUAAUAGAGAGUUACUUCGCCCUGCCAUCACUCGAUUUGCCACAAAUUUCAUUGCUUUGGAGACUAUUGUCAGGCAUAAACAAGCACUAAGGGAAAUGUUUACAUCUGAUGCUUGGAAAAACUCAAGGUUUGGAAUGGCAAAAUCAGGCCCAGCAUAUGAUUCAAAGAAAAUUAUCUUAGGCAAAGAGUUUUGGCAAAAGGCCUCUGAUAUAAUUAAAGUGCAAGAACCCUUGGUGAAAGUUCUUAAAUUGGUUGAUGGUGAUGAAAAACCAACCAUGGGCUUCAUAUACGAGGCAAUUGAUAGGGCGAAGUUGGCCAUUCAAAAAGAUUGCCGGUUUUACAAAGACUAUUGGAAAAUUAUUGACAACCGGUGGAGUUUUCAGUUGCACCAAGAUUUGCACGCUGCUGGGUAUUUUUUGAACCCACAAUUUCUUUAUGGUGCCCCACCCUCUCCUGAAGUUGCUAGAGAAGUCAUGGAUGGAGUUAAAAAAGUGAUAACCAAGUUGGUACCCGAUAUAGAUACUCAAAUUCGGGCUAUUAAUCAAUUGUUGCUAUAUCGAGAUAGGCAGGAGACUUUUGGAACCCCGUUGGCUCAAAGGGCAGUGAAACAAACAAAUCCUGCUGAAUGGUGGAUUCAUUAUGGCUUGUGUGCUCCUGAGCUCCAAAGAAUAGCAAUUAGAGUUCUUAGCCAGACCACAUCAGCUUCGAACUGUGAGCGUAAUUGGAGCACCUUUAGCCUCAUCCAUACGAAAACAAGAAAUAGAUUAAAGUAUAUGAGACUACAAAAACUUGUUUUCGUACAUUACAACAUGAGGUUAAAGUUAAGACGUACAAUGAGAAGAAGCCAACGAGAAAUUGAAGAGGGUUUCAAUCCUAUCAAUUUGGACUACAUUUUCGAAGAAGAUGAUCCUUUAAGUCAAUGGUUAGAGGAGAGAGAGACACCACUACUCGAUGGUCAGGACAAUUCAAAUUGGUUAAAUGAAGAGGUUGGUGGUACUACAGAAGGAGGUGAUCAACCACCAAUAAACGCGCAUGAUGAUUCAGGUUCAAGCCCUGAACGUACACAAAGUGAUGACAAUCUUGGUUUGAGCCCACCAAGUGAUGAUGAUGGUAAUAGUGGUGCUGGAGCUGGGGUUGGGGGGGGGUGGCAGUGGUGGUGGUGGAGGCGGCGGUGUAGAAUAUAAUUAUGGAUAUGAUACAGGGACAUCAUUUGGAAGGGAUAUAUAUCCUUCUGAUCCUUAUGGAUUACAUGACAUACCUGAAAAUUAUGACUUGGGUAUUCCUCCAGGGAACCAAUCUUCACAACCCAGGAGAAGGAGGAGUGCUCGUGGUGACCCUAGCGAUUCUACUGAAGAUUCAUAUGGUGUGGUUCGUAGUUUUGGCGACUUUGGUUUAGAUGGUUCAUCAUCACAAUCAUUUGGAUCUCAUCCAGCAUAUCCACAUUAUGCAUCUCGUGACUCACAUUUUUAUCCCAGUGGAUUAGGAAUCUCAGGAUCUAGUGAGUCUUCUUCUACACACUACCCAGAGCCAGCCCCUGCCCCAACUUAUAGACAUUAUUCAGGAGAAUUUUCAUCACCAGUACAUUUUCAAGAGCAACAACAAAAUGAUGCAAACUUGGGUUCAUUCAACUAUGUAUUUCCACAAGGAUGGGGAGAUAAUUUCCCAUCCCAAUCUCAAGAUACAGAUGCAAAUUAUGAAGACCCUCCACGUCAUUCUUUUUGGUGGUGACAUGUGUUAUAUUAUAAAUUUGUAAUAUUGUAUUCAUGUAUUUUCAAUUAUUUAUUGAUAUUUGAUAUUAAUCACUUUUUAAAUUCAUGUAUGUGUAAUGUGUAUAUUGAGUAUUAAGUCUAUUGAGUAUUGAUUCAUUUUUAGUA